AUGGACGCGGAAGAUGUGUUGAGUCAAACAGACUCGUCGGAAGAUAGACCAAUGUUCAUCGUCCUGGACGAAAAACCGGCAGACACAGUGGCGUCGAACGACAGAAACACAAUAGGAAGGCUGGACGUGGAGGCAUUCAAGAGAAGAAGCAAGUACCUGAGGGAGGUGUACAUGAACCCGGAAAAGAGACACCUCUACGACUGGACGAACCUGGAGAAGAAGAUACUCCUGCUCGACUGGUACCACAACCCGUCGCACUACGAGGAGUGGAGGCCGGUGGAGACGGAGGACAUGAUGAACAAGUUCUUCUCAAACAUGCUCUACAACUUCAGCCAGCUGUCAAUGACGAACGUGGGAUCGACGGUGACGUUCGUGAGACUGCUGAGCGAGUUCGCGACGAUAGAAGUGACGUACCAGUGCGCAGCGCUGGUGCAGAGGUUCUUCAGGUCAAACUCGACGUACUACGACGAACUUAAAAUAGCACUGCUCUGGGUGGGAUCAGAGUUCAAGGGCUACAUGAACAAGUCGGAGGAAAACGAGUACAGGUACCCGAGCUUUGAGGAUUACCAGUGCAUCAUGGACGGGAUGCAGUAUAACCUGCACACGCUGACAGUGAACGAGUUCGACGGCAAGGGAGUGUGCGCCGAGUGCCAAAAAUCGCAAAAGGAAAGCAGGACGAUGCUGGCGACGCCGAAGAUAGUAUUCCCGGAGCCAGUGACGUCAAUGGAGAUGACGACGGCGGCGUGGAACGGAGAGAAGAACUACCUGGUGGCAGUGAGGAUGGAGAACCUGGUGAAGAUGUACAACGUGACUAGUCUGGUGAAGAAGACGCUGGAAAUAUGUAAGAUCUGGGAAGGCGCGAGGAAGCGGUUCUUCGAAAAGGUGGAGGCGGUGAGGUACAGGCACCGGGAAAACGUGUGCAUGGGAUGUAUGCUGACUGAGGAGGACCUGGAGCCCCUGGAGGGGGCGGCUGAGGUGCUGGAAGAAUACAUGAUGGACACGCCGGCCGAGUUCGAGGGCCUGGACGAGGUGGAGUUGGACUGGAAGACGGUGAGCGUGAUGAAAAACACGCACCAGACGGGUCUUAAGUUCUUCUACACGGCGCUGGUGAAGAGUAAGCAGGUGCUGCCGACCUUUCUGGCCUCAAUCAGCACGAGGAAGGUGUGCAUAUGGAGCAUCGCGGACCUUUCGAAGGUGGUGCACGAGCCGCUGAAGUACCUGGAGUUCCCGGAGGACACUCACCCGACGGACGUGUCGGCAACGGUGUCGGUGGCGAGGUCGCUGGAGGAUCUGAGGAGGGGAACCUGGCUGGUGGAGCCGAAGGUAUACACGACGGACGACGCAGGCCACUUGAGACUGUGGACGCUAUCAAAGGGACUUGAGUGCACUUUGAGGUUUGACACGUCGGCACUGCUGACAAUAGACGUCAAUAAGAAGUACCCACACCUGAUAGCGCUGGGAGGAGACACGGGAAAGGUGAUGAUAUACAACACGCACCUGCAGACGAUGCACUCGAAAGACGAGGAGAGUAAGCCGAGUCUGGUAACACUGCCGAGUCACCUGCCAAACGUAGUGUACCAGUACCUGAAGUGGUACCACCCAGUGGUGAGGAUCAAGUGGGUGAAGGACGUGUUCAUAGCAGCGCAGCACACAAACCCGUUCUUCGCAAAAGACUCAGCAAACGUGACGACGCUGGCAAUAUGGAACACGUACAAGGACGUGUUCGACAAAGAAGACGCGUUCCUGUCAAACAGAUACUGGUCUCAGUCGUCAGAGUCGACGAACGUGACCUACCACCUGGGAUCGAAGCUCAUGUGCAUGUACGGAGGACACUACGGAUGCCUGGGAGGAAUGAUGGCCUGCGACGUGACGUGGACAGAAGAACACGGCCUCUUCGGAGUCUCGACGGACACGACGGGAGACCUGCACUGGUACAAGCCGGGAAUAUGGACCUGGGCAGACUCGGACGACGCAAUGUGCCUCGCGAGAAUGAAGCUCGACAGAAAGUUCCACGAAAACAUACUGGAGAUCGUGCAGAGAGAGUACUCGUCGAUACUGAGAGAGUCGUCCACAGUGGUGCAGGGCACGGGCUCAUUCAGAAAAACGAGGUCGAACUUCCAGGAGUACAUCGAGCAAGCAAUAGAGGUGCUCGGCGAGAUAGACGAAAACAAGCAGCUUAAAAACGACUUCAAGAGUCUGCCGAGCUGGAUAAAGGGGACGCUGAGGCUGACGUCGGACGAGGAGAAGUAUAUGAGGAUGAUAAGGAGGGAGAUAUGGGAGAGGGAGACGACGGAGCACGAAAACAUAAAGUCGGCAGUCGAGAGGUCACACACAAACCUAGAAGAUUGA